GGUUCUUAAAAAAACAGAAUCACCAGUUCCUGUUUUGAUGUGACAUGUGACUCCCCCAAGCAGAUCUUGCCAUCUUGCUUCUGUAGAUCAGCUCCAUCAGGAUUCCAUGGUAGCUGUGAUGUUAGGGCUCAGGGAAGAAAAGUCAGAAGACCAAAAUCUACAGGGAAUCAAAGACAAACCACUGAAAUCCAGAAAGGUGAAAGAAAAAAAAGAAGAGAAAGCAGAAGAAAAGGAAAAGCAUGAGUUGCCACAUGCUUCUUCACAUCAAUUUGUUGAGCCAGUGGAAGGGGGGAAAGUGGACACUUCAGUUAUAGUCAGGUCAGCUCCCACUGUUCCUGAAGCCUCAGCCUCCCCCAAACAAAGGCGUUCCAUCAUCAGAGACAGAGGACCUAUGUAUGAAGAUCCUACCUUACCUGAAGGCUGGACUCGCAAACUUAAACAGAGGAAAUCAGGUCGUUCAGCUGGAAAGUAUGAUGUUUAUUUGAUCAAUCCCCAGGGAAAAGCAUUUCGAUCCAAGGUGGAAUUGAUUGCAUACUUUGAAAAGGUAGGCGACACAUCUUUGGACCCAAAUGAUUUUGAUUUUACAGUGACUGGGAGAGGAAGCCCUUCUCGGCGAGAACAAAAGUCAUCCAAGAAACCUCAAACUACCAAGGCUUUGGGGGCAGUUAGAGGGCGAGGAAGGCCCAAAGGGAGCAGCACAGGAAAAUCUAAGACAGAUGAUUCAGAACGUGUUCGUAUCAAAAGGGUGAUAGAGAAGAGCUCUGGAAAACUUCUAGUCAAGAUGCCUUUUCAGCCUUCAUCUGGAGGGAAGGAAGAAGGAAGUGGGGCCACCACGUCUACCCAAGUCAUGGUAAUCAAACGUCCUGGAAGGAAGCGGAAAAUUGAGACAAAUCCCCAAGGUAUUCCAAAGAAGAGAGGACGCAAGCCAGGAGGUGGGGUGGCAACCACUUCUCCCGAAGUCAAGAAGAAAACAAUUAAAGAAUCUUUCAUUAGCUCAGUGCAAGAAACUGUGUUGCCUAUCAAAAAGAGGAAGACCAGGGAAACAGUUAGCAUUGAAGUAAAGGAAAUGGUGAGCCCCUUGCUCUUGUCAACUAUUGGAGAAAAGAGUGGCAAGGGACUAAAAGCUGGGAAAAGUCCUGUUUGUAAAAGUAAAGAAAGCAGCCCCAAAGGGCGGAGCGUCAGUAGCACUUCACCUCUGAAAAAAGAGCACCAACAUUAUUACUUAGAAUCACCCCAGGCCACUUCAACUUUGCUCCCAUUAUCUCCUGAGGGUUCUGAGGCUAACAGAAGCUCUUCUGAGUCCAAGGACUUAAGCAGCAAAGAUGACAAGAUGCAAAAAGAACAGCCUGAAAGUGACAGCUACAUAAAAGAGCCCAUUAAAACUACAUCCACAGAAAAGUAUAAACACAGAGGAGAAGAUCAAAAAGACAUUGUUUCAUCCUCUAUGCCAAGGCCAAGUAGAGAGGAUCCUGUGGGCAGCCGGAUGUCUGUAACAGAGAGUGUUAGUUGAUUUUAAGUGACACAGAUUUUAAAACAAAAAAUAAAGGCAGCUGUUGUUUCAUCUUAUGGAUAGGGCUCUCACAAAGCUUCCCAAGUCAACUGAAAUAAAAAAUUUGUGUUUUUGUUUUUCUCAGCACAUUUAGAAUUUGUGGCUUCUGGGUAGAAGUAAUUGUGGAAUGUUUCCCUAAUUGACAAGCACAGCCAAGGUGAAGACUUAAAUCAGGCCAGAAGCAGCUUUGCACUUUUGUAUAACAGUACUCUGUACUACUGAAUAGGCUAACACUUCAUCAAGCAUUUUGACAUAUGCCAGUUCUUGUUCCAUCAUUUGUUUUAAGAAUAGUGUGGCAUAUAAGUUGUCAUUUAAAACAUAAUAAAUUAAGUUAGUGGAACUUGUAUUUUUAGCACCAUUAAUGCACAGGCCUGAGGGGAUGAAAAUGAAAUUUUAAAGAAAAUAAUGACAAUAAAGUGAGGCCAACAAUAAUUAAAGGAAACCUUAUUUGUUCUCUUCUUUCUCAGAGCUUUGCAGAGAUAAGUGAUUCUUUUUUUUUUUUUUAAAUCUUUAUUUGGUGUUCUGGCCAGAAUAGGUCUUUUGGUGACAUUCUAGGCAUCAUGGGUUGACCUAAGGUAAUUCACUGGAGGCCGUGUCAUUAUUUAUCUGUUCCACAGAUAUUUGGAAUUUAAGAGACCCAGAAUAGGUAUAAAAUUAUGGGACCAUAAAUAAGCUUCACAAGCAUAUAAAGGAAUUUCAUAAAAGUAUGGUUAAAAUUUUUCUAUGUAGAAACUAGCUUAAGGAGCAGAUUGAGGAAGAAGGAAACAAUAUCUAGUUACCCUAAAGCAAUUUAUGGAAUAGGGCUGAACUUUGCAACGAGAGAAAAGUCCUUUCAGUUUUUUACUGAGUUGACUUGUACUAUUUAUUUCUCAUAUUUCCUUUCAAAAUAAAUCAACAGAUGCUCUAACAGAAAAUGUAUCUAAAUGAACUGUAUUUGCUGAUUAUUUUCAAGUAGAAUAAAUACAUGGAACUGCCAUGAUGCUUCAGAAUUCUUAAAUAUUGGUUGCAGUUUUGCAGCUUUAUUUAAGUCAAUUAAUUUUUCUUUUUUUUCUUCCUUUCUCUUUAGCUUCAGUGAGGGUCCUUUUGGUUAGUUGCAUUCUAAGCUGGCAGGAAUUCCCUACUCAUUUCUUUUCUUUGAGUAGAUUAUUUGGAUGGAUAUAACCUAGUUCCCGAUUGUAUCCUUCUUUGUACCCACAUUUUCAGUAAACUGCUUGUAUAAUGGAAAAUUAGAAUAUCACUUUCAUCCUAAUAGUCUCUUAAUAAGAUUACUGCAUUAUUCAUCUUGUGGUAUUGUUAUUUUAAUAGGAAAAGAGUUAGGAAAAGUGAAAUGUGAAUUAAAUUAGACUUCGCUUUAGAAAUAACAAAUGAGGUUGUACCUUACUAAGAUCAAACUUUUAAAAGGUCCUUGUCUAGGUGCAUAUCUUUAUGUUAACUGAUGUCUUGUAUAUAAUUUACUAAGCUGAGAAUCACCAUUAUAGCAGAAAAGUGGGCUCUUAAAUGUAUUAAUUAAAAAUUGCCACACAUACAUAAGAACACAUUAGACCACGGGUGGAGAACCUGCAGCCUGGAGACCACAUGUGGCCAUAUGGCCUUUUGACUUAGUCCAAGUUAUUCUGUGAAGUUUGGAUUUGGUAAAAGGGUCACACUUGAGGCCCUAGAUACAUAAGUGCUAAACAAAUUGACGAACAUGUACUGUGACUUUUAGUAUCUAUAUUUCAGUUCCUUAGCAUCCUUAAAAGAUAAUGCUUUUGAUGGGCUGAAAUGUAAACAAAUAGAAGUGUUUUCCUUGCCUAAUUUUUUUCCUUUGUUUUUGAUUUUUCUAUAAUGGGAAAGUAAAUGUCCUUAGAAGGGUAACCUUUGUGACUGCCUACUUUCAAUUCUCUAUGGAAAAAAAUUUACAAACAUUUUAAGUUUUCAUUUUUAUUAGACAUUUUGAGUUGAGGAUUUCUGAAAAGCUGUUCAUUUCUCAAAAGGACACCCACUUUGCACUUUAAUUUUUCUCUCUUGAAACCCACUGACAUUAGGAAGAGUUAUUUUAUUUGUAUAGCUUUUGCUUGUUAAGAUAUACUUAGUCCAAACUGAAUCUUAUGUCAAGACUAUUAUCAUUGAUAAAGAUCAGUGUCAUAUCUGGGGGAAUAGUUUCUUUGGGUCCUCACUGGGAUAUUUCCGGGCAAAUGUCACACAUAAUAACUAAUGGACAUUUUUAAAAUAUUGACAUUCUAUUUUUUUACAAGGUGUUUCUUUUUAGGUUGAAUCCUUUAAAUCUUCCCAUUUGAUUUCUUCAUUUCUGGUUUUUUAUUCUCUUCUCCCUUUUUGUAUAUUCCUAAUAACUCAAAAUUUCUAUCUCUAUACCUAAAAGAUUAGCUAUCCAGUGUGGCCUUUCUCAAAAUUAUUUUUUAAGGGUAGGAUCAAAAGAAUGUUUGCCAGGAAUUUUUCUACUUGGUUAGAGAUUCUAAACUCUUUGUCUCUUUCUCUCUGUUUGUACAUGCACACAUCCGUAUGUAUAUACACUUCCUGACUAGUUAUUUAAGUACAAAUGUCUUUAAAAGUUAACUUAAUCAAUUUACAUUUCAUUUCUCUACUAAUGCUUUACUGCAGACUCUACAAUCUGAAAUUAUCAUUAGAUGCAGAAAAAUACAUAUCAAACAAUUAAUAAGCAAGGUUUCCUAAUUGAUCUUCCUGUUGGUUAAUUGGUUCUUUGAAGACCUGUGGCUUUUUAAUAAAUACAGACUGGGUGAGGAAUUCAGUGGGAUUUAGGUAAAGGUAGAAAAAGGGGUAUUGAAUUUUUUCUUUAUCUGUUGGACCCAAUUCAUUUUCAGCAGAGUGAGUUGUUGCCUUAUUUUAGUUAGCAGUGAAGGAGAAGUGGAGAAAUGAUGCUUAAGGGGAUGUUAACUAUUAUCACUUGAGAUAAUUAUAAAGCACUCAGUAUAGUGCCAAGCACAGAGUAAAUGCUCUAUAAAAGUUAGCAGUUGUUAUUAAAGACAAAGUACUCAGAUAAUGCAGGAAGUAACCUAAAUGUCUAGUAGUGUUUUACAUAGUGUAACUUAACAUUACUUUUAUGAGCAUUAAAAAUCUUAAUGUAGUUUGAGAAAGAAAGUACCAAGUCCCUAAAAAUAGAUUAAGGUUAACUAGAAUCCACAUACUCAGUCUGCUAGCCUUUUUAAAGUUUUUUAUUUUCUUACUGGGCCAUCCCUUCCUUCUAUCUAUCCCCUGCUGUGGAGAAGUGACCAAGAGGGCAAAGAAUAAUUUUCAUAUACAAAGUUUUGGGUAAUUUUAGAAUGCUACUAUAUUUGGAGAACACAGUACACCUUAGAUUUAUUUACAUGAGAUCUUGUGCCAAAAAUAUCUUAGUUAUCUCUUUAAAGUCUCAAUUCUCAACAUUUUUAAUACUUUUUGACAUAACAAAGCAGACAAAUAAAACUAGACACUCUUGAGUUGGUGGUUUCUUAGCAGUGGAAAAUAAUUCAUCAGGAGAUAAAAUUUAAAUUUAUGAAUAUUUUUACUGUAUUCUGCUUCAUAAUGGUAUGUAUAUGCUGAGGUAUGGUCUGUUGAUUUGCAGUGAUUUGUAUUAACUUGUUUGUUAGAACCCUGAACCCAUUAGGCUUAUUCAUAUUAAUUCUGUAGUAAUUAGAAAGUUCUGUGCUUUGUCACUGCUGUUAUUUUCUUUAGUAUUUACAACUAGUCCUUGUUUUAGAUUAUGUAGAGUCAAAACAACUAAAAUAACCUGACUUUUGGAUGAUAAGCUUUAUUACAGUUAACUUUGCAUGUCCUCUACAGCUUAAUAGAAUUUGCCAAAUAGUUUAUCUUUGUUUUUAUACAUAAGGAAAUGGCCUUAGAAAAGUUAAUUAAUAUGAUUAAUUUACAUACCUGGUUAAAUAAUGCCAAGCCUUCUGAGUUCUAAUUGUGUUUUUUGCCUCCCCAAAAUUAUGGCACUGAGCAACUACCUAUAUCACUUGAAAGAAGAAACUGUUCUUUAAAGUCUAAAUACAGUUAAAGAUGAGGUGGCAAGUAGAAUUAGGCUCAUUGAAGAAUAAUCCUUCAAAAUGUCUACAUACUGUGCACUUCACCUGCAUGCAUAUUGAUUUCCUCAUUUGCCUGUCAAACAAAUUUUAAUGUGAUUUAUAGAAUCCUGCAUCUUGCUUAGCAUAUUUUUUUAAUUUAAAGAAAUUAUUUUAAAUUUUGCUUUUAGAUCCUCCUUAUGUAACAUUACCCUUGUAUUGUUUAACCAUCAUCACCAAUAUCAUGAAGAACAUUAUAUAAAACCUGUUAGUCAAGGAAAUAUUUUAGUCUUUGGAUGGUUUAUAGAAGCUGGUUUGGAUGGCCCAUCUGUGUCAGGUACUGGAGGAAGUACAAAAAUAAUUAAAAAAUAGUUCCUGCAUAGGUUUUACAUUUUUAACUACAGAAAUGACUGAUGCAAAACAAAGCAUAAUUUAUGACAGAGAUUCAAGCUUCUUAGUGCUUAUUUUUUCAAUUCUGCCGUAUUAUAUUUGUCCCGUUUAUAGGUCUAUGACCUCUCUCUCUCUCUCUGUCUCUCUCUCCCCCUAUCCCCUGCUCCUUAGAAGGCAUUAUUCUUUUAAGCCCUUUUGUGGUUAUUUAGUUACUCUACAGUCAUGUAUGACUCUCUGUGACCUCAUUUAGGGUUUCCUUCUGCAUUUUACAGAUGAGA